UUCCGUAAUAUUAGUCAUGACGCUACCAGCGACGAGGAGGGUCUCAGAAUGUCACUGAGAAACUAGACAGGGAAAAAAAAGGAACGUCCGUCUCUUUGACAUGUCGUCGGGCUGAGCUCGUCGAGAGCCUAAUGCUGAAUAAUGCAAGAAUAAGCAGACAAGGGACGAAAAAACACGCUUUUGCCAAAAAGAAUGGUUUUUUUUUGAGGCUUUUCCAUCUCCGUCCUAAACGUCACCGUUACAAGCGGGAGCACCCGUUUACCCGCUCCCAGGCCAAACUUUCUUGAGAUGUUUUGGUGGGGUCAGACUUGGGUUUUUUUCCCAUUGUUCAGACGAUUUUGAGUUUGGAGCUAAGAGAUGACAACCCUGUCAACGUUCAAUGGUUCAAGGGGAUCCAUGCCGUUUUCAGAGAAAUUUGGAUCCCAUUGUUGGAAGAGUCGAU